UGAGAAAUUGCAGUUGUUACAAGUCCUUAUGGGUUGCACAGCAGCCUUUUCCACGCCACUGAUCUUUCUGCUCUCUAAUCCCCAAAAGGGUGGAUUUUUUUUUUCUAAAGUUAAAAGCAAUGGCAGUUGUGAGUGAGCUCUCCCGACCACUUUAGUUCUCGUCCCGGAAUGUGUGCUUCGCCAGAUUUCUUCUGUUUUCUUUGUUUGCCUUGUGAGCCACGUCACUGAAGGGGGGAGAGACCUUAAAUUCCUGAGCCCUGAUCAAAUUUCCUGAGAAGCCUGUCUUCACAUUUUUCAUCCUUUAGCAGCUACAAGCAGUUCUCACUCUGCAUUGAGGGAUCGAGCUCUUCGCAAACAUGAUGUUAAAAAGUACGGCCGUUAUCCUUUUCCUGAUCUCCGUUAUUCACGCAGAGGAGGAGCUGAAAAGCAAGUCCAAAAUUUGUGCCAAUGUCUUCUGUGGAGCUGGCCGGGAGUGUGCUGUAACAGAGAAGGGUGAACCCACUUGUCUGUGUAUUGCGGAAUGCAAACCUCACAAGAGACCUGUAUGUGGCAGUAAUGGAAAGACGUAUCGCAACCACUGUGAACUGCAUCGUGAUGCCUGCUUGACAGGACUAAAAGUCCAGGUUGCACAUGAUGGACAUUGCGAAGAGAAGAAGUCAGACAAGGCAGCUGCAAGCCCAGUUGUGUGCUACCAGGCAGACCGUGAUGAGUUGCGUCACAGACUUAUCCAGUGGCUAGAGACAGAAAUCAUUCCAGAUGGAUGGUUUUCCAAGGGCAACAACUACACUGAAAUCUUGGAGAAAUAUUUUAUGAGCCACGACAAUGGAGAUGCCCGCCUGGAUUCCACAGAAUUCCUGAAGUUUGCUGAACAGAAUGAGACAGCUGUUAACUUUACAUCCUAUGCAGAUAAGGAAACCAACAGAUUGCUCAGGGGACUCUGUGUUGAUGCUCUUAUUGAACUGUCCGAUAGCGAUGCUGACUGGAAACUGAGUUUUUCUGAAUUCCUCAACUGCCUGAACCCUGCUUUUAACCCACCUGAGAAGAGAUGUGCUUUGGAAGGUGAGACUUAUGUGGAUGGAGCUGAAACUGAGAUGGAGUGCAACAGAUGUGUGUGUGCCUGUGGAAAUUGGGUCUGCACUGCAAUGUCCUGUAUUGAUGACAGUCAUUUGCAAAGUCCUGGACAGAGUAGAGGUUCUGCUACUGAAGAAAUGACUGAAGCAGAAUGGACCAAGUAUGUAGAAGAGCUCAAUAAACACCAGGAGACUGCUGAGAAAGUAAAGAAAGUACAUGUAAAAGAGAUUUGAACAGUCAAGUACUGAAAGGGGAACAUGUGAAGUUUAUUUUUGACCAACUUUUCCUCUUCAGUAAUGUACACUAGGGUUUUUUUUUUAUUUUACGUUUGCAGAAUUGCAGGUAUUUACUUUAUGUGGCUUUCAGAAAGAACUAGCAUUCCAUUUUGGGAACAACUCAGACAAUAGUUCAGCCCCUUGGAAGCUAAGUCUUGGGAGCAUGAAAUUUUCUUUUUUUUUUCAGAGGAGAUCACAUGCAAAUUGUUUUUAAUAAUGAGAGAUGAGAUGAAAUUAAACAUGCUUUGAUUGCCUGUUGUACUUUGUGUCAGGAGUUAGAAAAAAAAUCACUUUUUGAGUACUGGACACAUUUAAGCAGUUUAUGUUGUACCCGUUGCAAGAAUACACUCUUAAGCGUCCCUGUAAAUGCAGGGACGUCACCUCUGUGAAGGUAGAGUUGUUUUGAAUUUGCCAAGUUUUACUUAAAUCAAGUUCAUUAUGUCAUCCAGAAGUAUAUAUCCAUCUUCAAGUGCCCAUAUCUCUGUUAGACGGGACUGCUGAACUGCUAGAAAAGUUGUAGUGUUAUCUUCAUGUUGAAGGUUCUUAGAUGCAGCCAAGAUACCCAGGAUUUGUCUGUUCCAGUUCUAGUGUUAUUGAAGUGACUUCCUCAUGUUUCACAGAUACCCAGUGAGUACCUGUGGGAAGCAGGAACCUCGAACCACAGAUGAGCCAAAACAUAUUUAAGCCGUUCUAUUCAGAAAAGAAACAGAGGAGAUGUGUACUAAGCUGUUAAAAGUAAAUUCAAAAGGAAGGACAACUGUGAAACUUUUCAAUGAUGGUAGUCAAAGAAUUGUGGGGAUAUGGUGUAAGAUUAGAAAGACUAGUGAUGUAGACUAGUCCGAAUACAGUGUAUGACUAUUUUAGUUCUUCGGGUGCUCAUAAUUUACUAAACUGCCGGUUCCCUUUGUAUUUCAUCUCCGUAAUCUUUCCUUAGUAUAUCUUGCAAAGAAAUAUGAGUUAAAUAGGCAACUGAUCAUCCUUUCCCCUUAGUUUCCAUGUGGCAUGCUAUUGACAUUUCACAAAGGUGCUACACCGUUUUAUCAUUAUUUUAUUUUUUUAAUAGUGGUGCUUUUCAAUGUUUGUGUAGCUAUAGUAUGUUUUUAUUUAAAUGUGAAGUCUUUGUUUAAAAAAAAAAAAGUAAACUGUUACAGUACGAUGAGUGUUAUCAGCUGGUUUUAUGUGCUGGUAAGUGUAAUCCAAAUCACCUCUAAUAGGAAGGCCUAGGUGCUUCCUGUCAGAAGUAAGCUUAACAACAACUUGUACAAAGGAACUUCAGUAGAAAAGACAAAACAUUGUUCUUACAUGGAGGAAAGUAGCAAAAAUAUCCUUACAAAUGAUUUCACAUUAUUAGGUAUUAUGUGACAUUAAGUCUGAUGGCUGAACCGUGGUACUAUAAAGCAGACCAGGUAUUUGUCUUAAUACAAGCUUUCUUUGAUGGUGCCCUAUUAAAAACAAACAUUACAGCUUUGAAUGAGAAUCCUCAAUAUAUGUUUCUCCUUCUAAGCUGUGUUACUUGUUUUCUUAAUAUGUCAGUUCUAAAGAAAGUUUUAUUUAAAGUAUUUUUUUUCAAUUGUAUGCAUUUCAAAAAAAAAAAGAAAGAAAAGAAACCAGUUCUGACUAAUCUGUAACUCAGGUUGAUGAAUGCCUUCUUUUUAGGAAUUGUCUAGUACUGAAUACAGUAUCCAUUCCUAAGUGGAGUAGCAUAGGCUAUGUAUGCUACUGUGGUAGUGAAACUAAAAUUAAUGUGGUAUACUUAUCUCACAAAUGCAGGACUUGUUGCCCUGACACUGUGUGCUUGGCAGUUUUGCUACAUGUAUAAUAGCUGAAAGAGAAUGCAGGUGUUGCCACUUAAAGCAAUUUUUGAACUGCACUUGAAACUUCUGGAUGGCAAAUGUUAGAAGUUAGAAAUCCUUGCAAGGGCAAGUAUCUAUAUUGGCUAAGUUAUCCUUAUUUUUUUUUUUUCUUUAACGUCUUACCAUAAGAUAUAACACACUAUUCAUCAUAACUGCUCACUCUAGCUGAUUUAGGUAUUAUGCAUGGUUCAGGCAAUUCUAGACCAUUCUGCAAGCCAUAUAUGGAAUGUAAACCACAUUUGCAGUAUAUUUCUUCUUUGCCUCUUAUAAUGCUUCAGAUAUUUUAUCUGGGAAAAUUAUACCCAAAACCAAUUCACAGUUAACUAGGAUGCUAACUUUUUAUAUCCCUUGAAGAUGUGGUAACUCAUAAGGUUACUAAAUGUGCUUAUCUCCAGGAUGAGUGCCUUAUUAAAUGUGUGGAUGCCUUAAGAGUGAUGGGAGUGAGACUCAGUUUUUCAGUCACUGGAGAAAUCGCACACUGAUGUGAUAUAUCACUUUAGAAACACUAAACCAUUCUGCAAAAAUCUUUGUCAUUGAAGUUAGGCAGCUGUGUUCUUGUUCUGUGACAAUUACCAGAGGUGUAUACAUAAAUGUCAUCAUCAUCUUCGCCAAAAUGCAUGGAAGAUAUGUGACAGUUGAGCAAAAUGUAGGACACAUUAUUAGAUUUGAGACUGGAAAUGUAAAAGUACACAAAUAACUCAGAUAUACAUAUUUGUAAUGUCUGUGGACUUGCAUUGGGUUGAUGAGAUAAAUCAGAACUCUAACACAGGGUGAUCAAGCCAUAACCAUACUUAUAACUUGCAUGACCUGUAAGUAAAUAAUACCACAAGACCUCCAACAAAUAUUUUUGCAUAUAAAGUUCUACUUAUUCAGUACUUAUGAAAUAGAGAUCCAUGAAUAAAACCUUCCCAUUGUAGAAGUAAACAGCUCCUAAGGGAUAUUUUAGAUUUCUGGCAUAUUGAUGUUCAGAGAACCUCCUGAGCUUGCUUACUGUGUUAUUUUGCAGUAGGCUAGAAGGAUUAUAUCAUUAGUGGAAAAACUACUUGGAUAUAUUUUAAUACAACAGUGUAAUUUACUUCAUCUAGUUUGUAAAGGUUAUCUAUGAGCUUAUGUAAAUGCUGUGUUUACUUCAGCUAGAGGUUAUGCAUAGUUCACAGACAUGCAGGCAUUGCAGAUAUGUAUAUUCUUCAUUUUCAAAUAUAAGUAUAAUGUCUGCCAUUCUACAUUUUCCUAUCCAUACUACACAAAAAGUGGCUUGUAAAUAAAUUCAUAGAUGAAUAAACUAAUAUCUACCCACCUAAUUCAGGUUAUGUGAAUGUUUUCUAGUAGAAAAUACACAUUUGCAUUUACUAGUGAAAAUUAUGCUAAAUAUAUAAUUUCUGCAUUGUUGAGUCAUACAAAUAAAGUUGGCUAGCUACAGGACUACAGAACAUAAUAAUACAUUAUGGUGAAUUUUAAUGCUUCUGAGUACCAUUGGGCAGUGUGGAAAAUUGCUUCCUGUGGUACAGAAUUUUUUUGAGGACUACAGCCAGUGACAUAACUGUGACAUUUAAGAAGUACAAACAUAAUUUUUUUAUUGUUGCACAGAGCUUCAGGCAUUGGUUGGUAGGCAUAUGCUUUGGGAAUUCUGCACUUUGACAAAUGGGGUAAAUCAUAGUCUCACAAAUCCAUCUGAUGGACAAUUGUCCUUAAUAACAAGCAGCAAAGAUUUUGUCAUGUAUAAACGUAUACAGUAGUGCCACAGAAUAUAAUAUAACUAAUCAGUAACAGCUCUCAUAGGCGAAUGGAGUUAUUUUGAAGCAUGUUUACUGUAAUACUGCCUGCUGUUUAGCCAAUAACAUCCAAAAUGUAUAAUUUUAGUACUUGGCUGAGCAGGUGGUAUUUAUGUCUGAGUAAUCUUUAAAUGGUACCGGUGAUUAUCUGCCAUUAACCUAGCAUUUCAACUAAAUUUAACUUCAUGUAAAAACAUUGUUUAAAUUGGAGAAGAUGGUUGUUUAUUGACACAGACUGUUUGUGAUUGUUAAGUACAGAUUGAUUUUGCAUAUUCAGUAUGUACUUGAAAUCCUUCAAUAAGAAGAUGCAUUCUUUGAAUUUUAAUAAGUGUUUGAAACAUAUUUUACAGAAAGUUGCAUUUAUUGUGCAUUUUUAUAGGAUUUUUUUCAUUUAAAUACUGCAAAGGACCCCCCCCCCCCAUAUCCUGUGUAAUAACUAGCAGCAUUCAGUAGGUUUAUAUUGUGCAUUGUGUUAUACUUUGUACUUUCUGGUAUUUCAGCAAAUCUACUUAUUAAAAAAAACUGUUAAAAUUC